AUGGCUGCUGUUGUCGAUAACUCCUCGCUGCUCUUUGAAGCUGACGACUCCCUCGCUGCCGUCUCGUCGGGAGUGCUCGCGUCCGUCCUUGCUGGGUUCUCGUGGGGAAGACUUUUCCUUGGCCUCUUUGUUGGCCUCCUUGUUUGGGACCAGAUCUCCUACCUCACCAAGAAGGGAAGCAUUGCCGGCCCCCGGUUCAAAAUCUACCCCAUCAUAGGCCCUUUCCUCGAGUCUGUCAACCCCAAGUUUGAGGGCUACAUGGCCAAAUGGAACAGCGGUCCUCUCAGCUGUGUCUCUGUCUUCCACAAGUUCGUCGUCAUUGCCUCGACGCGCGACCUCGCGCGCAAGAUUCUCAACUCGCCCGCGUACGUCAAGCCGUGCGUGGUCGACGUCGCCAUCAAGCUCCUCCGCCCGACCAACUGGGUGUUCCUCGACGGCAAGGCGCACGUCGACUACCGCAAGGGUCUCAACGGUCUGUUUACGCGCAAGGCGCUCGGCGUCUACCUCCCCGGCCAGGAGGAGUGCUACGACCGUUACUUCAAGGUCUUCCGCGAGAUGUCCAAGGACGGUCCGGUGCCGUACAUGCACAUCUUCCGUGAAAUCAACUGCGCGGUCUCGUGCCGGACGUUCUGCGGGCAUUACAUCAAGGAGGAGCAGGUCAAGCUCAUCUCGGAUAACUACUACCUCAUCACGCUCGCGCUCGAACUCGUCAACUUCCCCGUCAUCCUGCCGUUCACCAAGGCCUGGUACGGAAAGAAAGCGUCCGACAUGACGCUCGGGAUCUUUGAGGAGUGCGCGGCCAAGGCGCGUGCGGCGAUGGAGGCCGGCGAGCCGGUUACCUGUACGAUGGACGCGUGGAUCCGCGAGAUGCUCGACGCGCGCGACAACGCCAAGAGCGACGACGGCAGCUCGGGUGUGUCGAUCCGUGUGUUUACAAACAAGGAGAUCUCCGAGACGAUUUUCACGUUUUUGUUUGCGUCGCAGGACGCGUCGUCGUCGGCGACGACCUGGCUUUUCCAGAUCCUUGCCGAUCGCCCGGACGUGUUUGCAAAGGUGCGCGAGGAGCAGGAGCGCGUGCGUGGAGGUGACUUCAACAAGCCGCUUUCGCUCGACAUGAUUGACCAAAUGACAUUCACCCACCAAGUCGUCAAGGAAGCCCUGCGCUACCGUCCCCCUGUUAUCAUGGUCCCUUACCUCGUGAAGAAGGACUACCCGAUUACGCCGGAAUACUCCGUCCCCGCGGGCUCGAUGGUGAUUCCUACCCUGUACCCCGCCCUGCACGAUCCCGAAGUCUACCCGGAGCCGGAGACCUUCAAGCCCGAGCGAUGGGAGGGCGAUUUGCUCGCAAACAGCGCGGCCAAGAACUGGCUUGUGUUUGGCACGGGACCGCACGUGUGUCUGGGCCAGACCUACGCGGUCAUGAACUUCAUGGCGAUGAUUGGAAAGGCGGCGCUGACUAUGGACUGGACGCAUGUCGUGACGGAGAAGAGCGAGGAGAUUAAGGUCUUUGCGACGAUCUUCCCCGAGGAUAACUGUAUCCUGCAGUUCAAGGCGCGCGAACUGCCUGCGUCGGCAUAA